UUGAUGCUUACGUUUAUACUAUUGAGUUUCAGAAACGAGGUCUUCCGCACGCCCACAUACUCAUUAUCUUGCAAGAAGACAGUAAGUUGCAUACUGCCGACGACGUUGACGAUGUGGUAUGUGCCUGCUUACCAGACCCGGCAACUGACAGACGCCUAUUCAACAGUGUGACAUCACACAUGAUUCAUGGACCGUGUGGACAGCUUAACUAUAACAGUCCGUGUAUGGUGGACAACAGUUGCUCAAAAAACUACCCAAAAGAGUACAGCGAAGAGACUUUGUACAUUUCCGACAGCGGUUACCCGACGUACCGCAGACCAAAUAACGGACUUGAGGCUAACGUCAGAGGUCACCGAGUAGGAAAUGAGUUUGUUGUGCCAUACAACCCUUACUUGCUGAUCAAGUAUGAUGCGCACACCAACGUUGAGGUAUGCUCUACAGUGAAGAGCGUAAUGUAUCUAUACAAAUAUGUGUACAAGGGACAUGACGCGGCUACCGUGGAAGUUUGGAAUGGAAAUGAAAUAGAAAAGUGA